UUAGUUGAGACGGGUUACGUAUGCUUCCUCAUCAGUCGCUGAUCGCGAAGUAGAUCUUCGAUGGAUAUAUAACGCGAACGUACAUCCUGCAUGCCUAUCCAACUUCAACAAUAGUACCAAAAAUGGCGAACAUUCCUACAGCACCUCCGCCUCCGCCUCCUGUGCGACGAACAACUAAAGCAGCCACAAUGACUACGUUGGAUCCUACAAGUCCUCCAUUCUCAGUCAAUGGAAGCACCCCAGAGGACCUUGCAUUGGAAUUUCAUGAUGCACAAGCUGCCACUGGCUCUAUUUCUCUCAAGCCCAUCAUCCGCCAUUUUCUAGGCGUACCACGCCUGCAUCAUGUCUCUGCAUCUGAUGCAUACAAAAUCCUAGGGCGACUGCGUGGUUUGCAAUACACUGUCGCAAAGUACAACGCAGGCAUUGCUUCCCCUACACCAGCCUUCGAGCAGUACUGGCGACCAAGGACUUGGAAUCUCCUGUCAGGCUUCGGAUUCCAAAUUGGUCGGACGGAUCAAAUCAUACAGAUUCCGGGACUAGAAGAGGUUAUCCAACUACUUGAGCGUACUUUCGAUGCCCAAAUUCAGGAAGCAAGAGAUACAAUCAAGCGUGGCUUCAUCACCUUCGACGCGCUGGGCGAACUAUACCAUCCCGGAGAGCCAGUGCAGACCGUGAUGAAUUCCGGAGGCACCACUGUUAUUUUCCUGGUAACCGAGUCUUUCUAUCAAGAAAAUAGAGGCUUGACGGGGAUACAGAGGACUUUUAAUUGGACAAUGGAGUUUGUGGCAACAGUGGGAAGCCAUUUCACAGUCGUGAGCUUGACGGAGCAACUGAACGGUUGGACAGGCGUCCGCGCGAGAUCGCUUUCAGAGCUCACGUAUACGCCCGUGCCUUCUGGCGAGAUGGAGUAUUUGAAACAGCGAGGAGAACGAUACGUCGAGUUUGCGACCGGUGGUGCUAAGUAUCUGGCAUACUCUCGCGGCACGUUCUUCCGCCACGCUCGCCCAUCUCGUCCAAGCUACAACUCACUUUCGAAUACGUCAACUAGUCAGCUUCCCUCAGAAGGUCGUGUCAUGAUUGAUGCAGGCAGAGGCGCUCCUUUGGGACACCACGCUUGUCAAGGCAUGGACGAACCAGCUCUUGCCCUGACGAAGAUCGCCGAACGCUAUCGGCACUGGCGCAAUUCUCAGUCUACCAAGAGCUCGACAACAGAGACACUCACGCUCUGGGACGAUGUACCUACCGAAUUUAUUCCCUACUGCUGGCCUGCCCUCGUCGGAUUCAGCUUCACGGCAAAGUGUUGGGGCCACGUUCUCGUUUCCGGUCUAUCGCCGAUCCAGUUCCAAGACACUGCUUUCCAACAUCUCGUCCUGGCGGAAGAGCGCAAACAGCUCAUCCGCGCGCUGGUCAGAUAUGGAAACGACUCCGACGUCGACGAUAUCGUCGGCAACAAGCGCAGCGGCAGCAUCUUCUUGCUGCAUGGCCCUCCCGGUGUCGGAAAAACACUUACCGCCGAAGCUGUUGCUGAAGUCCUACACCGUCCUUUAUACUACGUUACCAUGGGCGAACUGGGCAUCACAGCCGAAGAUCUCGAGUCCCGCCUCGCAGAUGUCUUAGAGUUGUGCUCAGAGUGGAACGCAAUCACCGUGCUGGACGAAGCAGACGUGUUUCUUGAGCAACGCCGCACUUCAGACCUGGUCCGCAACUCAAUGGUAUGCGUCAUGCUGCGCCUUCUGGAGUACCACUCUGGCAUAUUGUUCCUCACGACGAAUCGCGUGCGCACGUUGGAUCCGGCGUUCGAGAGUAGGAUUACGCUUGCGCUGCGAUACGAGAAUCUAGCUCCGGCGGCGAGGGCGAAGAUCUGGGGGAAUUUGCUCCAGCGCGUCGCGUUGCCCGUUGCGGAUGAUGUUAGCACUGCUGCGCUUGGGCGGCAUGGAUUGAACGGUCGGCAAAUAAAGAGUGCUAUAAGGCUGGCUUGUGCGAUUGCGAGGGAACGGACGCGCUCCAACUUGACUAUGGAGGUGCUGGAGGAGGUUUUGAGAAUAAUGGAGGUGGGAAAGGCGGGCAUUGCGAAUGACGAUUCUUGGGAAUUGCGUGAGGAGUAAGGAGGCAAUGUGAGCGCUGAGGUUCUCAAAAAAGUUCAUGAUAUGCUCUGAUUAUAUACUACAAACAUACCUUUUUGUAGUCAAAGUCUCAUGUGGUCGUUAGCUGUAUUAAGAUGUUGUAACCGGAUAACACCAUGAUUCGUAGUUCAUAGAACGAUCAAGCAUUGUCCACCGUAAUAUAGACCUUGGAUAAUUCAACGAUCAUUGCCUG